AUGCAGUCAGAUCGUCACGAAGAAAACGAGUCGAACGUUCCUUCUCAAGUUGCGCGAACGCAAACGCGGCACGAUCGUCCGAAAGAUUUUGCGUUAAGGAAUUGUAUUUAUUCCUCACAAGAUCCUCAAGCCCACAACGCCGAGAUUGUUCUUGAGCCAGGUCAUCUUGCAACUGUUCCGUUAGACGGUUCAGCUCUUGAACGUCAACUUGAUCCGACCCUCGAGUCGGAUCAGGUGUUCCCACCGCCACCACAUCCUUUAGUGGACUCAGGCGGUGGUCAACGAUUUCUGGUGGAGCCGUGGGACAGCUUGGAGCCUCGUGCCCAUCUGAUUGUUGAUGUACUUGGUCUCGUCGAGCAGUACGACGAGAUUCACCCGCUGAGUUUGAAGAAGGGCCGUCGGAAAACGACCUCCCCCGAACGCGAGUACAGGGAUUGCAAAGUGUCGAUCCCUUCGGACAUCUCGAAAGAGAUGCGCGCCUUUCAGUAG